CUGAGAUGACUUUCCGCGACCUCCUGAGCGUCAGUUUCGAGGGACCCCGCCCUGACAGCAGCGCGGGGGGCUCCAGCGCGGGCGGCGGCGGGGGCGGCGCGGGCAGCGCGGCAGCCUCGGAGGGCCCAGCGGUGGGCGGCGUGUCGGGAGCCGCGGCGGGCGGCGGCGGCGGCGUGGUGGGCGCGGGCGGCGGCGAGGACAACCAGAGCUCCGCCGGGGAGCCUGGGGGCGCGGGCGCGGGCGGCGAGGUGAACGGCACAGCGGCCGUCGGGGGGCUGGUGGUGAGUGCACAGGGCGUGGGUGUGGGCGUCUUCCUGGCCGCCUUCAUCCUCAUGGCUGUGGCGGGCAACCUGCUGGUCAUCCUCUCGGUGGCUUGCAACCGCCACUUGCAGACAGUCACCAACUAUUUUAUCGUGAACCUGGCCGUGGCCGACCUGCUGCUGAGCGCCACGGUGCUGCCCUUUUCAGCCACCAUGGAGGUCCUGGGCUUCUGGGCCUUCGGCCGGGCCUUCUGCGACGUGUGGGCCGCCGUGGACGUGCUGUGCUGCACCGCCUCCAUCCUCAGCCUCUGCACCAUCUCAGUGGACCGCUACGUGGGCGUGCGCCACUCGCUCAAAUACCCCGCGAUCAUGACCGAGCGCAAGGCGGCCGCCAUCCUGGCCCUGCUCUGGGCCGUGGCCCUCGUGGUGUCCGUGGGGCCCCUGCUGGGCUGGAAAGAGCCCGUGCCCCCUGACGAGCGCUUCUGCGGCAUCACGGAGGAGGCAGGCUACGCCGUCUUCUCCUCCGUGUGCUCCUUCUACCUGCCCAUGGCCGUCAUCGUGGUCAUGUACUGCCGCGUGUACGUGGUAGCGCGAAGCACCACGCGCAGCCUCGAGGCGGGCGUCAAGCGAGAGCGCGGCAAGGCCUCUGAGGUGGUGCUGCGCAUCCACUGUCGCGGAGCCAGCACGGGCGCUGCCGACGGGACGCACGGCCCGCGCAGCACCAAGGGCCACACCUUCCGCAGCUCCCUAUCCGUGCGCCUGCUCAAGUUCUCCCGCGAGAAGAAGGCGGCCAAGACGCUGGCCAUCGUCGUGGGCGUCUUCGUGCUCUGCUGGUUCCCCUUCUUCUUCGUCCUACCGCUUGGCUCCCUGUUCCCGCAGCUGAAGCCGUCGGAGGGCGUCUUCAAGGUCAUCUUCUGGCUUGGCUAUUUCAACAGCUGCGUGAACCCGCUCAUCUACCCUUGCUCCAGCCGCGAGUUCAAGCGCGCCUUCCUCCGCCUGCUGCGCUGCCAGUGCCGGCGUCGCCGGCGCCGCCGUCCCCUCUGGCGCGUCUACGGCCACCACUGGCGGGGUUCGACCGCGGGCCCGCGCCCUGACUUUGCUCCCGGCCCCGACGCCGCGCCCCCUGGGGCCCCGCUGGCCCUCACCGCGCCCUCGGCCCCCGGCUCCCCCGACACGCCAGAGGCGCAGGCUCCCGUCGCCGGUCGUCGAAAGCCGUCCUGCGCCUUCCUCGAGUGGCGGCUGCUCGGGCCAUUCCGGAGACCGACCACCCAGCUGCGUGCCAAGGUCUCCAGCCUGUCGCACAAGAUCCGCGCCGGGAGCGCGCGCUCAGAGGCCGCCAGCACCCUGCGAGCGGAGGUGGAGGCGGUGUCCCUGGGAGUCCCCCACGACGUGGCCGAGGGCGCCACCUGCCAGGCCUACGAACUGGCGGACUACAGUAACCUCCGGGAGACUGAUAUUUAAGGACCCUGAGCGAGACCGAGGAGUGUGCUGGGGGAGGAGAAAAGGGGCUGCGGGUGGGGGAACGGGGGUAAGG